AUGGAGGGGCAACAGCAUGCCCUCUCUGGGCGUGAACUUUCCUCUCCCGGCUUCGCUGAAGGAGAAGUCCUCGCAAGUACGAUCGCUCUAAGUUUCUGGGGAGGAGUGAGUCCUCCAACCGGAAUUGUUAUCGACACUCACCACCCUCUGGCAGGGAGCUCUAUAAAAGACAAAGUGCUAGUGAUACCAGGUGGCCGUGGAUCGUGUUCCGGGAGCGCUGUAAUUCUGGAAUUAUUCAUGAGCGGGAGUAAUCCUUGCGCACUCAUAUUCAAGCGAGAAGAGUUGAUCUUGACACUUGGUGUGAUCGUGGCCCAAGAGUUGUUCCAGAAGACCAUUCCUGUCCUCCAGGUCUCCGAGUCAUCGUUCGAGACGAUUUCGCACCUCAAAAAGAUACAAAUUGUGGGAAGUAGCAUCAAACCGGUAGAUGAGUCGACAAUCGACUCCAAUCUAGUCCCGGGGCAACCAAGUCUGCCGAAUGAGCCCGACUUUUCCCUAGUCAGCUUGACCGCGGUUGACCGCGAGAUGUUGAAUGGAGAGCAUGGAAGAGCAGCCCGAUUCGCGAUGCGGGUCAUUCUCCGCACAGCCUUUAUGCAGGGCGUGACCGAGCUAAUCGACAUAAAACAAGCACACAUCGACUGCUGCAUUUAUACAGGGCCAGCGGUACUGAAAUUCGCACAAACGCUCCGCGAAUGGGGCGCCAAAGUUCGCGUCCCAACCACCCUGAAUUCAAUCUCGAUCGACAGACGAUUAUGGAGGGCACAGGGCGUUGACCCGGCAAUUGCAGAGCCAUCAGAGCAGCUAGCCCAGGCGUAUUUAGACAUAGGCGCGAAAGCAAGUUUCACAUGUGCGCCGUAUCAAUUGGAGAGCGCGCCGCGUCUGGGAGAUAAUAUCAUGUGGGCCGAGUCGAACGCUGUAGUUUAUGCCAACAGCGUUCUUGGGGCCCGGACGAUUAAAUGUCCCGACUUUCUGGAUGUCUGUGUUGCUUUGACGGGCCGGUCGUUGAACAUGGGGUGCCACCUUGCACAACAUCGGAUGGCUCGUGUUCAGAUUCACUGUGAUGCCAUACAAGGCUCGGAUGAUGCGUUCUAUCCUCUUUUGGGAUACCUUGUGGGUGAUAUUGCCGCAGAUCGGAUCCCGAUCAUCACGGGAUUGGAGAAAACCCUGGCUACCACUUCGGAUCUCAAAGCUUUUGGAGCAGCAUUCGCAACGACGUCCAGUGCCCCAAUGUUUCAUAUUGCGGGUAUUACCGUUGAAGCUCGCAAUGAAGUCGAGAUAAACGCGCAUUUGCAAGAUAUUCCCAAGUUUUAUGUCAGAAGAUCGGAUUUAACCCGACAAUGGCACUUGUUCAAUGUCAGUGGAAGCGAAGAGUACACACCAAUUGAUCUGGUUUCGCUUGGUAAUCCUCACUUCUCAUACGAGGAGAUUGAGAGGCUUGCAGAUCUCACUAAAACCCGCAUAAAGACUCCCUCGGUAGCACUAAUUGUGACAUGCAAUCGUGAGAUAUACGCUCGAGCCUGCAAAGCUGGAUUUGUCGCCGCCGUGGAGGAAUUCGGAGGACAAAUAAUCACGGAUAGUUGCUGGUGCAUGAUUCAAGAGCCUAUAAUUCCCAAAGCGUCACGAACGAUCAUGACCAACUCGGCUAAGUAUUCUCACUAUGGGAAAGGGCUGACUGGUCGACAAAUACGGUUUGGGGGGCUAGUUCAAUGUGUCGAGGCUGCUUGUUCGGGGCGUGUGUGGAAUGUUGUGCCUUCGUGGCUUGAAGAGGGGGGAUAUAAGCAUGGAGAGAAUUGA